UCUCCUUUUGCAGCAGUGCAGAGGCGUCCGUCGAACGAAAUGAUCUCAAAUCGCAAGAUGGUCUUUCGUUAUUGCUUGCUUUGUCUCUUCAUCUUCAGCGCUGCGAAAUCAGAAGAAACGCCAGAAGUGUAUCAAUCAAAAAAUUGUUGCUUCACGCAAAAUUUAUUCAAUAGAUACCACUAUUGCGACAUCAGAGGAAUUGCCGUCUCAAGACCAGGCGACAAGAUUGUUUGCUAUUGCAGGGUUUGCAUGAGCGAAGAAUUGUUGGGAUCCACAUUUGUGUGCUCUGACGACGGAAAUUUCUACCAAACUCGUGUAAAUAACACCGAAUUGAAUUACAAUUGCUAUGCGUGCCAACCAGCAAAAUGCUCCCUGCCGUACACCCUCUAUUAUGAUUUUGCUGAGGGACAUGAAUCGCAAUUAGUCAGCAAAUGCAAAAGCAACCCUUCAAUGACUUAUCAACUGACGUGCAUCGCCAAUGAAACCAAUGAUGACUAUUGCGUAGACUUGACGAAAACAGAGUUGUGUGUCUGGAAAAUUAAGGCCAACGGCGGCGAACCUUGUCUUCCCCACAACGCCACCAUUCUGCAGCCAGAAGAGCCAAUAUUAGGGAAUUGGGGCCUCUUCAUUCAGUUUAUUUUGGUGUCAAUACCUUUCUGCUCAAUCGUCUUUUGGAUGUAUGUAAAUGGAAAUAAAAUGAUGUGAUUUUUUCCAUUUAAAUAAAAAUCUCAUAGAUA